GUACGAGUCGGACUUCGCUACUGGAGAACGGAAUUAUGGGAUACAAUCCGUCAGCGGCGCGCUGCCGCCAUGUCUCCUGAAGAUAAGCGGCGGCUAGCUUUCACCUCAGCUGCGCUGCUCGCGGUCGCUCUGUUUCUCCUGGUCCUGAGCUACAUACCGACAUAUCUGUAUAUACUGCUGUUUUUCGUUGGUUUUUGUGGUGUUGGAUAUUAUAAAGCGGAGGAGUUCCGCCUCUUCGACAGACUGGGCCUCAAUCCCCGCCGUGGCCUGAGUGUGCCGCCGGCUCUGCUGCGCUGCUUGCCCGGCGGGUCUCUGCGGGGAGCGCCGGCGAGCGUCCGGAACAAGAACCGCGCCAACAAAGGUGAUGCGAGGAACUCGCUAGCGGCUUCUGUGGAGCGGCACUUCGUCGGGAGCUCAGUCCAGCGGAGAGAAGCGUUCAGUGACACCGCGUUCAGCCCGCGGGACUUACUCAUGGGGAGCUACCUCGCUAAGCCAGAAAGUCCCCACGGCGCGGGGAGGCCUGUCGGACCCUCCGGGCUCCAGGCGCACCCCGGGGAGCAGCUCCGGGAGAGGCUGGUCCGGCCGAACCACGGAGUCCCCACUCCGAACCGGCGGCUCUCUUUCGGAGACCCAGUAGGUACCACAGGGAGGUUUACUAUCACCCCCCAGAGACAUUACCCACUGCAGCAGACAGGGACAUCUUCAGUAGGUGUGCUGCCUCCAGCGCAGUGGGAUGGGUUCCGCAAGAAGAACGUCCUCACACAGCGCAACACUCCGACACACAGUCCGGUAACAGUGAAAAUCGCCAGACCAGACAGUGCAUCCCGGUCAACAUUUUUUGACCAGCUAAAUUCCCCUGGUGCACUAACGUCCCCUGGGUUCGGAGUUCAAGCUGACCCCUGCUCCAGAGAGACUGUGCUGAAUGUGCUCAGAGAGAGCCGUAAACGUGAUGUUGAUGAUGAAGACAAAAGCCAUGCAACUGGGCAGAAGAGCAAAAGGAGGCGUCAUGACAGCAGUGGAAGUUCACAGUCAGCAUUUGAGACGUUACUAGCAAACGGUGCACCAUCACAGCUUGUGCCAAAACCUGGCAGUUUAAAGAGAGGCAUGAAUACCUCUGUGUUGGAAGAGUCCACAAUGAAGAGGUCACGUACAUCCUCCAUAAGCUCAGUGAGUGGUGCACCUACUUCUUUUGGCGUGCCAGGAUCUGUCCGCAACCCCAUUCGCAGUUCCUACAGCUCUUCUCAAGGCUACCCACAGCGGAGAGCAGCGUCUAGCUUGAGUUUGUCUCCUCUCACAAGCCCUGCAUCAUCACGGUGUCAGACUCCUGAGAGAGCAGCUAAGAAACCCAGGGAAGAGGAUAUCACUUCCCCAAGUUCUGCUUCAUCAAUGAAGUCUGAUAAAACAGCCACGGACAUUGUUCCUGGCUCAGGAAAACGCAGCCCUGCUCCUGAGGCCACUGUUUCAACAAUAUCAGAUUCUGGAGGAAGCAGUGGCAAACGCAAGCGCAAAAUCCAGCUGGUAUCUACACGAAGGGGAGACCAGAUCUCUAUGCCCCCUCCCCCUGAGUUGGGCUACACAGUCACUGUGAAAGACCUGGACAUGGAGAAGAAAGCUGCUCUCAGCCAGAUCCAGAAAGUUCUUGAGGAACCUGAGCCAGAGAAACCUGCACCUGCCUCGGCUCCAGGCCCUGUUCCUACUCCCUCUAUCAGCCUGUUCUCCCAGGUAGCUCCAGCCUCUUCAACUGCAGCCAAUCCUGGUGUGAGUGCUCCCUCUGUGGCACCUCUCUCUGCUCCUGCAACCUCCACCACCAUCUCUGCCCCAGCUCCAACUCCCACCAUUGACCUCACUGUGGCUCCAGCCAGCACAGCCAGUCCUGCAGCAACUCUUAUUUCUGCCGCCGCUGCUGCUGCCACCACCACCACCAGCAGCACCCUAGCAGCCCCAGCCAUGAGCCAGGCUAACCCCCUACUGGAGUCCCUAAAGAACAUGAGAAACAACUCCCAGCUCCCCUCUCCCCUGGCGGCUACACCUGCAGCUCCAGCAACACCUGUGAUGGCAAAGACUCCUGCCUCGCUUGCCCAGACUGGUCCAGGAUCUGGAGUCUUGAAGUCAGAGCCUGCUCUUGCCCCUCCACAGCCCUCUGUCUCAACUUCUCUUGCGCCAGCUACCCACUCAGCAAGCUCCACACCCUCUGCCUUUGCCCAGAUCCUGGCCCAGCCACUGCACCCCACAUCUAUCACCUUUACUCCUCCAUCUGGGAGCACCCUCUUCAGCCUUAAGCCUCAGACAGCCCCUGCAUCUGCUGCACCUACACCCACAGCAUCAAUUACACCUACAGUGGCUGUAAGCAGUGCAGCUAACCCUGCACCAUCUGGGUUUAAGCCUAUUUUUGGAGCCGCAACCACUGCGCCAGCCACAGCGGCAGAAGUCAAACCCACGCAACCUGUUUUUAAACCUAUUUUUGGCAGUGCAACUGAAGGUGGUCUAAGUGCGUUUGGUCAGCCAACUACUACAACACUCUCCUCUGCACCUGCAUCUCAGAGCUCCACAUUACUUUUCGGGAGCUUGACCAACACCCAGCCGGCAGCUGCCUCAGUUGCCUCGUCCACACCCGCCACCCAGACUUCCAGCAAUUCUCUGUUUGGAAGCUGGCCCUCUGCUUCUGCUGCUCCUGCUCCAGCUCCUGCUGUAAACAGCACCUUUCAGUUUGGAGCACAGGCAGCAGCAACACCUUCCUCAGGACUUGGUGCCGCCGCCACCACCACCAGUAGCAGCGGCAGCGCUAACACAUUUCAGUUUGGUGCUGUAAAACCCACACAGACUGCUCCCGCAGCAGCUACUCAGAGCACAUUCAUGUUUGGUCAGACUCCUGCUGCCCAAAACUCCACCACAACCACAUUUGGAGGGUUUGGCCUGACUAACAACACAGCCACAACAACAGCCAGUGCCCCUACGACCCAGGCCACUUUUGGUAGCUCCACGUUCAGCACAUCCACAUCCUUCCCCAACGCAACCACUCAGGCACCUGCUGCAGCAAAGCCUUUCACGUUCGGUGCUGGGAGUGGAGCAAGUGCGGCAGCAGCCCCAUUCCCAUUUGGAGCACCUGCUAGCACAGCAGCCCCUUCCUUUGGGCCUCAGAGUCAAACUACAUUUGGCAGCACCACGGCAGCACCUACUUUUGGGACUCAGAGUCAGCCUACGUUUGGCGGCACCACAGCAGCUCCUAGUUUCGGGACUCAGAGUCAGCCUACAUUUGGCAGCACCACAGCAGCUCCUAGUUUCGGGACUACAACUCAACCUACGUUUGGCAACGCCUCAUCUGGCUUCUCUUUUGCAAACACCACCACCCCAUCAGUGGCUCCAGCCUUUGGGGCCACCACACAGACUGCUGCCCCUGUUCCAGCUCCUACCUUUACAUUCGGAGCAGCCUCAGCCACCCCACAGAACAAUGCCCAAAGUGCUCCUGCCCCAGCAGCUUCUGGAGGGUUCAAUUUUACCGCGUCGCUGUCCGGAGCACAGUUUGCAACACCUGCGCCCGCAGCUCAGACUCAAGGUUUCCCAUUCGGGAAUAACAAUGCGGAUAACAAGCUCACUUUUGGAACAUCCACCCCUGCAUUUGGCAAUUCAAGCACGCCUAUCCCAUUCGGCAGUCCGGGCACUCCUGUACCGGGAUUUACUGCCUCGCCUUUUAACACUCCCUCUGCCACCUUCUCGAUUGGUGCGGGCUCCAAGCCCAGUGGGUCACGGCAGAGGCUGCAGGCACGUAGGCAGCACGUGAGGAAGAAGUAACACUGACCAGAGGUCUGUCAUUCAACCUCAUAAUGUUCAUUAGGCCAAAUGCAACGCUCCUCACGACUAUCCCAGCUGCUGCUGCUGCUACGACCACCAUUGCUGCCGCCAACGAGACGUUAUCAGGCUUUCCACAGGACACAUCUGACCAAACUCAACUGUAGAGUGCUGUAGUCAGUUAGGGCUGGUCAGAUGUUAAAAGAGAACAACUGGCGAUCCUAUUCCUGGACCAGAGCAGGAGAGAUUGAACUACCCAGAUCUUCCUGUGUGGAGUCAGACAAAUAAGUGACGUGAGGCGAGUUUGGACAAACGUUAAACGUACUUGACAAAUUAAAAACCUAGACGUAAGCGUGAAUGUGACGUCCAGGCCAAAAGAAACUGAAUCUGGUUUUGACUCACAUUUUUGUUUGUUUUCAGGGUUUUUGUGUUAGUUUGGGUUUUUUGUUUUAAAAAAGCUAGCUGGCCAUUUAACCUACAUUUUAUGUGAUCAGAUCCAUGUUACAUUAAACGCAGUGAAUCCUAUUUUUUAACUUCUGCUAUAAGUAAUCCAACUUUCAGCAGUGCAACAGUACUUUUUAUGUUUUUGAUCUUUGACUGAAAUGCUUGUUUGGGUUGUCUAUGUUGAACUUCUACAUGACGUUCUCGAAGGUAACCAACCUGCUGUUUAUGUUGGAACGACUGAAAGAUGUUCUUCUUUACCUGAAUGCACUGAGUUGCAAAAUAAAGUUUUCAUUGCUUUAUCUGACAAAUCCCUUUAAACAAAAAAAAAACAACUGAUUGGAUUACUUAUGUUAUGCAGGGUAGAUCCUGCUUGUGCUCACUUGUCAUGUACAUUAAAAUUGAUAUGUUUAAACCAAAGCAGAUGAUUUAGUGAAAAAAAAAAACCCUCUUUGUUUAUUGGCCAUUUGACUACCUCUCCUGUUUUGAGCACCUAAUUCCAGUAAAUGUUACAUACCUCUCCAUUAAAUCAAGCUUUGAUUUGGGCUUAAAGAUCCUGUGCUGUGUGAUUGGAGGUUUUUAAUUGUUUAGAAUUAAAUUAAUUGUGUAAAAUUUAUAUUCUGAAAGCAUUGAUAGAUCAAGCCUUAUUUGGGGUAAAAAUGUCUUUCUUUGGACGUUAUUAUUAUUAUUUUUUUUUAAAGCUUCUUCUUCCUUUACGUUCAGUUCUAAUACCUUACUUAUAGUUCAGCUGUGGCCACAAUAAACCUGAUGGGCUGUUUUAGGAGCACAGGUUGAUUACAAUCUCUGAUCUGUUUUAUCUGUUCACUUCAUUAUUUCACAAUCAUGUCUGGAUCAGGCAUAAUUCACUCAAAGCAUUUCCUAAGGUGAUCUGAGACUCACUUAAGCCCUGCUAUUGCAGAGUAGAUGCAUUCAUCUCUAAAAGCUGCAUUCAGCAACUAAAACUCCUCCCAGUAUAUACAACUAAAACACCUGUAAUGGGCUGGUUGCUGUUAAGUAAGAUCAGGGGUUAACAGUGUCUUUAUUCUGGCAAUGCCAUAAUAUUUAUUGUGGCUGGCCAUGGGCUACAGGUUCAGGGAAUCUGACAAAAAAGGAAGCAUAAUUCAGCUGUUAUUUAAAUCAACAAGUGGUGAUCUGUUAAGAGUAUUGCUUUGAGCUCACUGUGGCUUUAGAAAGCCUUCUCCUGCUUUUUCAACUAGUAUGGCCUUUAGAUGCAGGUUCAACUCAGCACACUAGUUCAUUGCAUCCCUUUUGUUUUCUCAUUUUUAUUGUUUUAUUUCUUGUGUGUGCCUUAGUGCAUCUGAAUGCAGAUUGUGUGCUGUGAAUGAUGUCAGAUCUGUUUAAUCUGUAAUGGGUGUACUUGAAAGUUAAACAAAAAAGGCUCAAAUAGAAGAUAAUUGACAACAAGCAAUAUGAGGGCCUGUUUGCCAGACCAUGAGUAAGCCUAAGCCUAGACUACAUGGUAAUUCAUCAUGAGCAUUGCAGCAUUGCAAUUUAUUCUAAGAGGAGAUCAACUUGUAUUCCAUGUAGGGGGAAUCUUGCCCAUAUAAUAUUCACUUCUGUUUGACUACUUCUGUUUGGCUAAAUACUGAUCUCAGGGGUUCGGUCCAUUUUAAUAAUGGUCUCUGAAUUUCUUCAGAGCUUGACUGAGUGAGUGACAGCAAAAAUUUUAUAACCACGUGGUUUGGAAGGUGUAUGAAAAUGGUAGACAUGAUGCCAAAAGUGCUACAGAAAUUAAGUAUAUGAAACCACAAGGAGGGCUGCUUUCUCUAUUUAUUAAUGACAUACAUUUUCUAAUUUCAGUUAAAUUCAUGAGAAAUGUUUUAUUUGAAAUCCAAAUUUGAGAGCAGUAUUUUGCUUUAGACUUUAUUUUGCAUGCACUCUCUAUUUAAGACUUAGCUAUGUACCUAUGUAUGCUGAAAUAUUAUGUUCUGCUAAUGUUAUGGUAUUCAAUACUACUGUCAUUCAUUCCUUCAGGAUGGUCAAAGUUCAGAGAGCUGAAUUGAUGUGAGCAGUCUUGAGUUGGCCACCUGAGCCCCUUACAAAAAUAGUCCCACAGUCUUAUCCAAGAUACAACUCUCAGGUGUAUUUUCAGUGUUUUAGUUUAGUUCCUUUGUUUUAUAUUCAGCUAAACCCAUUUAGAUUUUGCUUUUCCUCACAGAGCACAUUUUAGGAUGCACAGAAUUGGAAGCACAAAACCCCCACCCCAUACAUUUCAUCUUACCUAGGUAAAAUCCCACGUUAACUUACUGUACCCAUUGUGUUGUCCCAUGAGUGUGGUCCCCUUAGUGUGGUAUUUUUUUUUUGUGUGAGUCUUAACUUGCUGCAGUUUGUAAAUAAGAUAAGUGAAGUUUCUGUGUGAUUGGUAUAGCAGCAGGGGACCAGGCUUUUCAUUGUUAUGGAGCCCUACCAAAUAAACUGAACGUAUUGGACACAUAGACUGUUGAAUAAAUAUGAUGUAUGUUGAGAGCUGGAUUUCUCAAGCUGUGAGUGUCUGGGAGCUGUUUUGUGCAUUAUGAUUGUUUUUUUUUUCUGGAUGUUUUGCUGUAAGUGUUUUCUGAUGGCAAGUUUGCUGGAGUGUGUAUUAAGACUGUUUUUAUGAAAGAGUACGAGUGUGUAUGGCCGGAGCAGCGUAUUAGAAUAAACCCUGUGUCUGCUCAGUG